AUGAUCUUUUCUCGAGCCAAUGUUCGCGAAGCUAAUGUGAUUCUUAAUUGUCUUUCUACUUAUUCUCGGUGGUCUGGUCAGUGUAUUAACUUGGCUAAAUCAACAGUGUUUUUUAGCAAGAAUUGUCGGCUAGCCUCUAGAGCUUCUAUUAAUGGUGUGCUUCAUCUUGCUCCUAUUCUAGCAAGGGCCAAAUACCUUGGUAUUCCUCUUUUCAUGAAUCGUAAGAAGAAAGAUACUUCUAUUGAGCUUAAAGAUAGGUUUUUUGCUAAGAUCUCAAGAUGGAAAGCUAGACUUCUUUCUCAAGUUGCUCGAACUACUCUGUUGAAAUUGGUUGCCAAUGCCAUUCCCACUUAUAUUAUGUCUCUUUUUCUCUUGCCGAAGUCCCUUUGUUCUAACAUCAAUGCAGGUUUGAGAAAAUUUUGGUGGGGUUUUCCCCAAGAUAAGAAACAUAAUCUCUCAUUUCUUUCUUGGGAGAAUAUUUGCAAGCCCAAGGUUCUGGGUGGGCUUGGGAUUCGCUCUAUGGAGUUUUUGAAUAAUUCCUUGCUGGCUAGAUUAGGUUGGAAGAUGACUAUUAAUCAACCUCUUUUUGGGUUGAAGCCCUCAGGGGCAAGGUUGCUGAAAAAUAGGGAGGUGGUUUCUAAAGGGGCUUGUAUUUCUAUUACCAAUGGUGUGAAUGUUGGCAUUUGGGACUCGGCAUGGAUUCCUUUGCAGCCUAGUUUUAAGCCCAAGCCGAAUCCUAACUUGGUUGAGCUUCCUGAUUUUCGUGUUGCAGAUUUGAUUUCCUCUGAAGAAAGGUCUUGGAACAAACAUCUUCUGCAGGAUCUUUUUGACUCGGCUUCUGUUCAGUGCAUUCUAUCCAUUCAUUUGCCGCAGAACAGCUCUUUUGAUAAGUGGAUUUGGGCUUCUUCCUCAGCUAGGCUCUUCUCUGUUAAAUCUGCCCAUGAGCUCUCUUUUUCUUCUGGUGGUAGGUUGUCCCCUUAUCUUCAGAAGCUUGGCAUGCCCUUUGGGGUUUGA